ACUGGCAUAAACACCAUCCUGUGGGCGUUUCAGGAAGUGGCAUACACGAGCUGGUCCUGCUACCUGCACGAAGCUGAAGACUUUCAAAGUCAGUCGAUCAUUAUUAUUCUAUCGAAACGAGCAAACGUGAUCGUUGUGAAAGAUCUGCAAAAACGCGGUGCAAAUGGCUCCUUUGAAAGUGUGCAUAAUCGGUUCUGGAAAUUGAUGUACACGAAGCAGCAGCAGAAGCAGAUGUCCUUGUAUUUGUUUUACCUCACCAAUUUGUUAGCCAAGUUUGUGAGCAGUUGGUGGGCCACAUCAAGUCCGAUGCUUUUGGAAUUUCACUUAUUAAGGGUAUCGAUUAUGGUCCUGAAGGAUUGAAGCUUAUAUCGGACAUUAUUCGAACAACACUGAAUAUUGAAGUUAGUGUGAUGAUGGGUGCAAACAUUGCCCGUGAAGUGGCAGAGGACAAAUUCUGUGAAAGCACUAUUGGAAGCAAAAAUAAACGCCAUGGCCAGAUUUUGAAGGAGCUGCUGCAAACACCAAACUUCAGAAUAGCUGUGGUUGAGAACUGUGACACAGUGGAACUCUGUGGAGCUCUGAAGAACAUCGUAGGCGUGGGUGCUGGAUUCUGUGAUGGAAUGGACUGUGGUGACAACACAAAGGCAGCAGUCAUUCGUUUGGGCUUGAUGGAGAUGGUGGCAUUCGCAAAAAUGUUUAGUAAAGGUACAGUGGAGUCUACCACUUUCCUGGAGAGCUGUGGCAUUGCUGAUCUUGUCACUACAUGCUACGGAGGGCGCAACAGGAAAGUAGCAGAAGCAUUUGUGAGAACUGGAAAGACUAUCGAGGAAUUAGAAAAAGAAAUGUUGAACGGGCAAAAGCUGCAAGGCCCUCAGGCUUCAGUUGAGGUUCACAAAUUUCUGAAGAAUAGAUCACAGACUGAUAAGUUUCCUCUUUUCACUGCUGUGUAUCAAAUUUGCUAUGAAAAACGACCUGUUCAAGAGUUCAUUACAUGUCUGCAAAACCAUCCAGAGCACAUGUAACUUAAGAAACAGUGUUUGAAAUUUUGCAUUCAUAUUAUUCCACAGUGCACUAAAAUAAUGUUUAAUCAUGUUCAACAUAAAAAGGUGGUUGGGGCUUCUUCUUAUAAACCAAGUAAAGGACAUUAUGAUACUCUGUGUAAUAUUUUAAACCAAGUAAAAUGAUGUUGUGAUACUCUGUGUAAAUACUAACUGACAUGCCAAGACUGUUAGCAAGCAGGUCAGUGUAAUGAUGUAUAAUGCUAAUGUUAUAUUGGACACGUUUUAAAGUUUUUGCCUUGAAGUUCACACAGUAAAUGAAAUAUACAUUCAUAAUCCUUAUAUGCAUACUGUGUUGCAUGAAUAUGUUGAUCAUACUUAUAUUUACUAUAUAUAGUGUUACUAAACCAAAACAGUGAAGGAGUUCUGUUUAGGAAGAUUUUUUUAAACUAUCAGUAUGUACAAAUAGUUAAGCACAACCUGUAAUAUAUUUUAACAUCAGUCUAGUCCUAUUUAUAAAAUGUCAUUAUGCAGUACAAAUAAGCAGCGUUAGCCCAAAGAAAUUUCAUACCACGAUAUCCAAACUUUAUAUGAUGAACCAAGCUGUAUGUCUUUUUUUAUUCUUAGUAAAAUAAAUUGUGAAUUAAUGUGUCA